ACAGUGUCAUGUCACUCUUAUGUAGAUACCUUCAAGUAAAGUGUUGCCUAUUUACUGUAACUAUGCUGUUUCCAAUAUAUUGUGAUGCAAUUAAAAUGUUUACUGAGCAUUAACACUUUGCUGAGAUGUUGCUCCAGUAUAGAUUAUGCCCUUCCUGUUCCUCUUUCUUUCACACCAUGAGCGUAGUUUCUUGCCAUCACACAAGAGCCCUGCUUCCUGUUUCGUGAAAUGCACAAGACAAGCUGUAAAGCAAAGAGGGUGCUACCAGUAGUGCCAUAGUUCGAGAUAAAUAACAAAUAUCUCAGUGUAUGAUUGUAUCCUAUGGUUGCUGACUGGAUGGAAUACCUGGAACACUUGCAUCUUAAAAAUUAUUUAAGCAGACCACUUAUGGUGUGAUGAAAGUCCAGCUGACAGUAGAAAACAUGAAUAACUGUACGCUGAAUUCCAGCACUGACGAUUGGGAUCCCCCUGAAGAGAUGAAGAAAUCCUUUGUCUUUCUGCACAUCGCCGUUAUAAUUUUUGGUUUCCCCUCCAACUGUUUCUCAGUGUUCGUCUCCUACCAGCACAUAAGACAGGGCAAUGAGCUGGGAGUCUACCUAAUGAACUUGGCCCUGGCAGACCUCUUCUUCAUCAUGAUGUUACCCAUCUGGACGGACUACUCAUUGAAUGACGACUGGCGCCAUGGGGGCACUGCUUGCACUGCGUGUGUCUUCCUGUUGUUCACCCACUUCUAUGCCAGCGUGUCUUUGUUGUGUUGCAUCGCUGUCGAUCGUUACCUGGCCGUGGUUCACCCCCUGAAGUACCCUUUCAUCCGAAAUCUGGGACCAGCCAUGGGCAUCUGUGUGCUUUCGUGGACCUGCAGUAUAAUCUUCAACGCCGCCACUGUGUCCACACCGAACGUGUAUGACGCAAAGUACAACAUCUGCCUGGACACCUUCCCUAUACAUGACACGCAGAGGCAAGUCAACAUUGCUCGCUUUUUCAUGUGGUUCCUCGUGCCAUCUGUGCUGGUCGGGUUCUGCUACUGGAAGAUCAGUGAAGAGGUGCGGUCCAAUCGCGCCACCGAGAAACAGGAACGUCAGCGCACGUGCCGGCUCCUUAGGUUGGUCCAGCUAACCCUGGUCAUCUGCUUCGGCCCCAUCCACAUCAUGCUUCUGCUGAGGGCUUUGUUGGAGGACUGCCAAACACUACCCUGGCUAUACUACCCCUAUAAAGUGUCCGCGGCCCUGGCCACCCUCAACUGUUUGGCCGAUCCUCUGCUCUACUGCUUCAUCACCCGGUCAGGGAGAGCCAGUGUCAGCAAGGCUUUCCUGUUCCUUCAGAGGAAGAGCAUGGGCAACAGCUCAGAGGGAGAACUGAAACAGCAGUUUCACAACCCUUAAUUACAGUAGCAAUAGACUUUCACCAUGGCCUGGGUGCAGGCCACUAAUGGGUGCCAUGCUGUGCAGUGGGUAGGUUCUUAACUAACUUGACUAACUUGAGCCUCUUUGUUAGAAUGUAUGUAUCUUCUGCCUUUACAUUUGUUUAGCCUUAUUCUUUGAA